AAAACCUCGCAUCAACUAAAGAGGCCUGGCUUGUUCACAGUCUUGUUGAUUAUUAUUACAUGACACAGUCAUACAGUGUUGUUGAUAUUUUGUGUGGUGUUCAAGACCCCCAUGAUAAGAAUCUGUUGGAGAAGCUGCAUGAUGGAAUAAAAUCUCAAGAACACCAACUAAAUGCUCUUCAACUUCUCCUCCACAUUGUAUGUAAGCAACCAUUGUGGAUCAACAAGAUUGUAAAAAUGUCAGUACUGAAGGUCAUCCUAAAGUGUCUCAAGACUGAGACAAGCAUCCCAGUUCUAACUACCGGCGUAACCAUAGUAACCGUGCUGCUGCCUUCAAUUCCUACAAUAGUUGGUCCUUAUCUACCAGACCUUUUUGAAAUAUUCAAUAAGUUGGCUUCAUUUAGUGUGAAAAGACCACCUGGGAACACGCCAGACAUAUUUUACCUACACCUGCAGAUUUCGGUGUAUGCCCUGUUCCAUCGUCUGUAUGGUAUGUUCCCGUACACAUUUCUGGCAUAUCUCAGACAGUAUUAUGCAAAAAAGGAAAACAUUCCAGUCUUUGAGGAGGUGAUAAAGAGUAUGUUGGAAAGAGUCAGGUUACAUCCAUCAUUGAUAACUGGAAACAGGGAACAGGAGACCUCCACACAAAGAUGGCGGCAGAUGGAGACAAGUGAUGUGGUUGUAGAAUGUAACAAGAUGUCUUUAGAUCCAGUGGAAGGAACAUGGGAGGAGCUACAGUGUCCAAUCAUAGCUUCAAGAUAUCUGAGUGACAGGCCUGCAACCAAUCAGGAGAGACAGGGACUCAUUUUACAACCCCUUAAAUUACCAUCAGUUUCCAUGGCAACAACCGGACAGCAAGACACAAACCAGGCUGGUCAAGACACAUUCUGGAGCCCGUCAGAGGUGAUCGGACUGUCAACCCCUCCAGCUACCCCGGCAUUGAGCAGUCUAGAAACCUCGCUAGGGGGUACCACCACAUCCCAUGUAAGCCCAGCAGUGAUUUUGAAUGCCGGAACCCCCAUGAACACACCUAGAGAGACGCCACCCAUUAGUGAAGAACAUGAUAGGCAUGCCAGUAGAACUAGUAGCAGAGGAGCUCCUCACGUCAAGCUGGUUGACCCCAAGCGACUUAGCUCAGAGUUUCCUGUCAAUCAGUCUGUCCCCUUGUUGACCCCUUCAAGUAACAUGCAGAGCGUGCCACCUUCCCCACUGAAGGCGGAGUUUACAAACACGCCUCCUCUUGGAGUGAAGACACUCCCAGUAAUGAAUGCAGCCAGGGAACUGCAGUUUGAUCACGACCAAUCAGACGAAAAAACAAUGGGUCAUGUGACCAGAUUGAACCCAUCACAUGAGUUUUCAAAAAAUGUUGUCAAGCCAGAACCCUUUGAAAUAAGACCACCUAGGAAAAUUUCUGAAGGUCAAAUGAGUGCUAGUGGUCAGAACACGCCUAGAAGAAGUGGGUCUGCAACAAUGUUUGAAGACAGUCUGAGAGAGAGUAGUCAAGAUACAGGGGAGGUAAUUGAGAAAGUGAGAACUCCAUCAGUAAGUUCAGUAACAAAGGCAGAUAGAGUGUCAGUGGAUACAAUCUCGCAGGUGAUAGAAGAAUUAGAAAGUCAACCUAGUCAUGACGAGGACAGUGAUGAUGAAGUGUCCGAGUUGACCUCUAGUUCUAGGUCACAUGGUAUAGGUCAUUCGGCAAUGCUGACAUCGGAGUCUGUGAAGAAAUUCAUGAAAAACGUAAACAGAAUCCGUUUUAAUAGCCUCACUGCUACCAACAGCAUUGAACCUGAGCCGGUGAAAGGUUUCAGCUGCAAAAGGUCAAGGUCAUGUCCGCAGUUUCCAAAAAUAGAAACAACAAUGGAAGAAGAUGAAGAGUUAAUUUCAAGGUCAGUUUCAGUGACAUGUCAGAAUACGUCUCAUGAGGAGAUAGAAUUUAAAUCCAACUUCGAGGAGAUUCAGUCAGAAGCUGUGAAGGAGCCAAUACCGGUGGCACCAGUGCAGCCAACGGACAACAUUUGUGACAUUUCAAUAUCUAGCACAGGAAGUAUGGUCACUGUCAACAAAAAACAGGAACCAGUCGCCGUCGCCUCUGUGCCGUCUCCUGCAGUUAUACCGGUUCCGAAAUGUCCCGUGUACUCUGGUAAAUCAGAUGAUGUUGAGACUAAUAGAGAAACAGACGACUUGUUACGAAUCCUGAAACAGAUACUGAACAUGCCGUCUGCAACUACUUGUGCGAAAUGUCAAGGUCAGAUGGACGGAUCACAGAUUGGUCCAUCGAAGCCGUUUUUUAGCACAUUCUCACCUCCGGAGUUAUUAGACCGCCAUAUUAGCCUGGGAAAAGAUAUUCAUGCUAAAGAACUUAGUAAGCUUCCAAUUCCAUCGACGCAGGAGGUGAACUGGACACACUUUGGAGGAACGCCCCCAGCUGACGAGGUUAGUAUACUAAGAGGUCAGUUGAUGCUUCUACACAAUCAGCUUAUGUACGAGCGUCACAAGAGGGAUCAACAUGCUAAAAGAAACAGGCGACUUCUCAGAAAGAUUGCACACUCGAAGACUUUGGAAGAACAAAACAAUUCAAUGAGUGAACAGUUAAAACAGAAUGACGUGAUGAUACGAGAUUUGCAGGUGUCAAUAAAAUUACUACAGGAGGAGAAUCACAAACUAAAAAAGAUAAAAGACGAUGAGGAGCACACUAAACUUGUUCAGCUACGAGCCUGCUUGCAGGAGAAUGAAGAUUUGAAUAAUGCCAAGAAAGAGUUAAAUAUGCUUCUCGUACGACAAAGGGAAGAACAGGAUACCUUGAAAAAGAGAAUUAUGGCUACGGAAGCAAAAUUGUUUAAUACAGAAAAAGAAUUGGAAAAAAUGAGAGACGUGGCAAACCAUAAUACAAAAUUAAAAGAGCAGGUAGGUUGUUUCUAUUUUUGUAUCCACAGAAAACAAUUACAUCAGGUAUGUCUGUUAUCAUAAGUUUUUUCUUUUUCA